CAUGGCAACAACAUGAGAAUAGCAAAUGAGUUAGAACUAACAAGAAUUGAAAGUCUCAAGGAGAGAAGCAGACGACAAUGUCGGUUAUUCUUGUUAACUAGCACAUGUCUUUGGUGCCUACUUCAUGAUUCGGCUUCGAUCUUAGAAAAACAGAGAAACAUGGGGCUGCUUUGUUUUAAUGAAUGAAAUCUGCUAGCAAAACAGUGGUCGUGUCUGUCUCAGGCCCUCUUUUCUUUCUUUAGUUCCAAAAGAAUGGUUCAAUGAAGAAAGCAUCCUCUAGAAAGUUCUCAAGUUUGGCUUCUUCUGGUAAAGCAGGGGACACAAAAGAACACGUGGCGUUCACCAUAAUAGCCAAGAGAAUAAGACACCCGUGAACCAUUGCCUAAGUCACUUUAAGCAACAGAUAUAUCAGUAUUUAACAUAAAAAAAAAACUGCAACAUUUCAAUAGCAUUGAAGGUCCAACAAUCUUAUUUUUUAGAUGUAGAAAUCAAUCUAAGGCAUUGGCUUCUUCUAAUGUGCUUUCUUUAUAUACAAAAUCUUGAAUAUAAAACGAAGAAAACUCUGUCAACCACAAUAAAGUAUGCUUGUAGAACCCUGUUGUUUUACACUAAAAUUCUUACAUCCACUUCAUGUUAUUUUUCUCUCUUUUGUUUUACCCUAUUAGAAAUUCAUUUCUCUCUGUUCCCAUGUGAGGUAUAUACUCCCAAUGAUCAUUGUGACCCUAAAUAUAGGAGCCAAGAAAGAGCCUACACCAUCACCACAAGAGAAAAUGAAGAGGAUCUCAAGUUGUGUGUCUUCUUUUGCAAUUCAAAUUAUUCUUGUAGCUUCUAUUUCUGUUCCCUUCACACUAUCCCAACCAUCUUUCCAUGGGGAUGGUGACUUGGUAGACCAAAUAUGCAGAAAAACACCCUUUUACGACCUCUGCAGCUCCAUCCUCCACUCAAACCCACUGAGUCCAAAACCUGAUCUCAAAGCGGUGGCCCUCUUGAUGGUGAACAACAUUGUGGCAAAUGCAACUGAUACACUGAGUUACAUCGAGGGCCUCAUCAAGCAGACCGGAGACCGUGAGUUGGAGCAAGCCUUGGCCUUCUGUGCCGAGUCAUAUAUCCCUCUUAUCAAAUACAUUCUCCCACAAGCUGCUGAUGCUAUAAGCCAAGGCCGUUUUGCCUUUGCCAGUUACUGCAUUUCUGAUGCUCUCAAAGAAGUGAGUAGCUGCGACAAGAAAUUCUCUGCCACAACUCAGGCACCCUUGGGGGACAGAAACAACAUUGUCCAGAAGCUUGUGAAUGUGGCCUCCGCUAUAAUCAAACUGCUGCUAAAGGGUUGA